GUUUAAGGGCUAAAAUACAAACGUGCACUCUGCACUCUACUAAGCGCUAGUGUACGUACGUACGUACUCCGUCCGCUGCUAUAUUAUGGCCGGCCGUGGCGUGCCCUCUCUAGCCAGCACAGCACACACACUGGAAAGUGCAAGCUGUAGUGAGACCUGCGCGACUGCCAGCGUGUAUCCGCGCGGCAAGGAGCGUAGCGCGCGGUCGUCGGCCCGCACGGCCACCAACUCCCUUGGACGCACGCGCGCGCGCGACCAGCUGCUAACCGUGCGCAAGUAGUAGUGCGACUUCGCCGCCGGCCGGGAUCGCUAGCUCGAUCGAUCGGCGGGACCACAUACGACUCCGGUGUGGCCAGCGGCGGCCGGGCCGGGGAACGCACGUGCUGCGAGCGAGCGAGGGCAGACGCUAGCUGUUGCCGGGAGCUAGCCGGCGCGCGAUGGGGAGGGCGCCGUGCUGCGAGAAGGUGGGGCUCAAGCGAGGGAGGUGGACGGCGGAAGAGGACCAGUUACUUGCCAACUACAUUGCGGAGCACGGCGAGGGGUCCUGGAGGUCGCUGCCCAAGAAUGCAGGCCUGCUCCGGUGCGGCAAGAGCUGCCGGCUCCGGUGGAUCAACUACCUUCGGGCGGACGUCAAGAGGGGGAACAUCUCCAAGGAGGAAGAAGACAUCAUCAUCAAGCUCCACGCCACCCUCGGCAACAGGUGGUCCCUGAUCGCCAGCCACCUCCCCGGCCGAACAGACAACGAGAUCAAGAACUACUGGAACUCGCACCUCAGCCGGCAGAUCCACACGUACCGCCGGAAAUACACCGCCGGGCCUGACGACACCGCCAUCGCCAUCGACAUGAGCAAGCUGCAGAGCGCCGACAGGCGGCGCGGCGGCAGGACCCCGGGCCGGCCGCCGAAGGCUAGCGCCAGCAGGACCAAGCAGGCGGACGCCGAUCAGCCCGGCGGCGAGGCGAAAGGCCCGGCCGCGGCGGCGUCGAGCCCGCGGCACAGCGACGUGGUGAACCCGGGCCCGAACCAGCCCAACAGCAGCAGCGGCAGCACGGGCACGGCCGAGGAGGAGGGGCCCAGCAGCGAGGACGCGAGCGGGCCGUGGGUGCUGGAGCCGAUAGAGCUCGGGGACCUAGUCUGGGGGGAGGCCGACAGCGAGAUGGACGCCCUGAUGCCUAUCGGGCCCGGCGGCCACGACUCGGCUGCCCUCGAAGGGCUUGGCGCGGUCGGCUGCGAGGCCCAGGUGGACGACCUGUUCGACAUGGACUGGGAUGGCUUCGCGGCCCAUCUGUGGGGCGGGCCGGAGCAGGACGAGCACAGCGCGCAGCUGCGGCAGGCCGCCGAGCCGCUGGAAGUUGCUGCUGCUGCUGCUGCUGCGACGGCGGCCCGCACCCCGGACGAUCGCGAGCUGGAGGCGUUCGAGACUUGGCUCCUGUCCGACUCGUUCUGACGGCUCCGGUCACCGGACCGAUCAGACAGACCAACCAAGGUGGCCCGGCCAUAUGGUCGACGCCGCUAGUAGGCGUUGCUCGUGUGUACAGUUUUUUUUUUCUUUUUUGUAGAUUUUGUUCUUAGCUCUUGCUGUUUCGUGUAUGGCAUGUAGAAUAGAGAGCAGAGAGUCGUAUGGCAUUGUAAAGGUAGUUCUCCCGCCGGUGAAGUGAAGACCAAUAAAAAAAAGCAGCGCAGCAGUAGGCGCUGCUGCAGCCUGCACGGCGGCGUUUUGGCAGCGCGUGCUUUGGCUUUUUGUGAACA